CGUUUACAUGAAAUUGAUGUGUGUGUACAAGUUUUUCUGUGCAAUUCAUCGUUGCUCGUUUUACAUUUUCGUUCGUGCUCAAUUUCACAUACAGUAUUCAACAUUUGCCAAAUAAGAAUCGCACUCUCUCUCUAAUCCUGCAAUAGGAGGAAAAAAAAAACAAGAAGAGAAUAAAUCGAAUAAAAAACCAGAAUCGAAAAGUUUAUAAAUUAAUUUUAAUCAACAUCAACACCAAUUGCCAUCGAAAUAAAUUUUUUUUUUAACAAAAUGGAAAAGAAAGAGCAGUUGCUAAUUAUUAAACCAGAACAUGAGUUGAAAUUUCGUGGUCCAUUUAAUCAGGCCAUCACGUCACAUAUGUUGUUGAAAAAUCCAACUGAUAAACCAAUUCUAUUCAAAAUCAAAACGACGGCCCCGAAACGGUACUGUGUACGUCCAAAUUCCGGUUUGCUAGAGCCAAACAAUUUUAUAGAAGUUGGAAUUUGUUUACAACCAUUUGAUUUUGAUCCGAAUGAAAAGAACAGACACAAGUUUAUGGUCCAAAGUCUUGUCGCUCCAGAUGGCGAGUUCAAUGCCGAACAAUUAUGGAAAGAGGUGAAACCGGAAGAAUUAAUGGACUCCAAAUUGCGAUGCGUAUUCGAAUUCCCGGAUGAUAAGAAACAAACAUCAGCUACUGAAGAAGACGCUAAAUUGAAGCAAAAUACGACUAGCGGCAGCGAUGCUACUGGCAGCUCCGGCACGGCUGAUGAUAAGGCACGCGAUUCAUCCGAUUAUGCACGGGUUUCGGCCGAAGUACGGCAAUUACGUGAUGGCGAAAGUCAGCUACGACAAGAAAACAUGCAACUGAAAGAGGAAAACUUGCGAUUACGUAUGCUUAACGAUAUGAAUUCAAAGAAGGAAACAUCGGCAGCGUUUCAAAAUCCAUAUUCACCACCACAGUUGGCCCAACAGCAGCUGCCAGUCAAGUAUAUUGCCAUCGCUAUUGCAAUGGCUCUUUUCGGAUUGAUUCUAGGAAAAUUCGUGCUCUGAAUCAACGACAUCGAUCGGAGUGCAACUGCUUCUGUUGAUGCGGGCGCAAAACAAUGAAACCAUCAAUAAUGAGAAGAGAAAGUAACCAAGAGUUACACAUGAAAAGAAAAACCAAUCCAAAACAAAUUUAAAAAAAAAACACACACACACAAAACCAUCAAAACCAGCAUGCAACAAUUAACGAUUAUUUUAAAAGAGGAGAAAAAAAUGAAAAAAAUGAAACAAGUUUAACUUAAGAAUCGGCAUUGUGGAACAAAACUAAAUUCUGAUUCAAUAAAAAUUUAAAAAAAUUCUCUGCAAAAACAACAACAACAACAAAAGCAUCCAAAUUAACGAAUUAUGCAUUAAAAAAUUGAGAUAACGUGUACGAAACAAAAAACACACAAGAAAAAUUUAGAAAUCAUUUCGAGAAUAGAACCUAAGCAUUGAUUUCAACUGUCGCGUCGACUUCGAAAUGGAUAAUUUAAACCAUAUUUUAGAGAAAUAGAGGGAGAAAAAAGAAUCAAACAAGCAAACAACACACACCCAGAGAGACAUUGCAUUCAAUAAACAACAACAACCGCUAUUAUUAAACAUUUGACCAUUUCCAAUUUUUAUUGAUUUUUGUUAAAGUGUUUUUUUUUUCUUUUUUCUUUCAUUUUUUUUUACUCGUUAGAUUUUAUGAUAUAAAUUUAAAAAAAAAAGCAAAUUCUUCGUAAUCGCGAAACUGUCAUGCAUUUCCUAAACUUAUCGUAAAUUUUAAAUGUAAUGAAAUUUUUCAACACAUGUGGUGAGAUCGUGGAACAUACAGAAACAAAAAAAAAAAAUUAAAAAAUGUAAAAUUAUUGCAA